UGGUCUGCACAUUGUUAACAUGUUAUGAGCAGAGGCGUGUGAGAUAUCGAUCCAGCGCGCCGGGGUAGUUACGAACUCACUACUGCACCUCCCGGGGCAACUCCACCUGCUCAGCUGAACGGAAGGAGGCGAACACGGACGGGACAAUGCCAAAGAGGAAGUCACCUGAGGGAGCAGAGGGGAAAGACUCAACUAAAGUCACAAAGCAGGAGCCCACACGGAGGUCUGAGCGCCUGUCCUCAAAACCAGCUCCUCCUAAACCUGAGCCCAAACCCAAAAAGCCUGUGGCUAAGAAGCCAUCUGAUGAGAAGGCAGUGAAAGGAAAGAAGGGAGGAGUCAAAGGGAAAAAGGAGGAGAAAGAGGCGGAGCCUACCGAGAAUGGCGAGACCAAGCCAGAGGGGGACUCUGGGACCCCUGAGACCAAGGCCGAGGCCAAGGAGUGACUCUGGUUUGUUUUCUGUGGAAAGGAGGAACAUUUUUUUAUUCUUUAUCGAGUAUUUUGUAAGAUGCUAACUUUUUUUUAGACUUGUCAUUGUAGACAUUGUAUUUAGAAAACUACACUCCUCUCUGAAGUCCUAUGCCUCCCAGUUCUUAUAGUCACCAACAUGGACUGACCCACAAACGGAAAGAAACCGCAUCUUUCUGAAAUGUUUCACCAGCGGCUGUCUUAUCACUUCAUAGCAAUUAGCUGGUUGGAAUUGGCAUCCCAUGUCAUCUUCUGUAAUGUAACAGCAACUAGUUAACGUGCGUACCACCAGGACUUGUAACCUAAGUGCCCCGAAUGAGUAGUCUGGACAUUCAGGUUCGAGUUUUUAGUGUGUACAGUAAGUGUUCAGGACAUUUUAAUUAAAAACUCGGAAAAUACGUGUCAAUUAAUGAAAAAGUGAGACUAAGACAAAAAAAUCACUGAUUUUCAUUUACCAAAUUGUUGUUUUCUUAGUCUCUUUAUUGGGUACAUUGGAUCUACAUUUUUGACUUUUUAAAAUUGCUAAUUUGAAUAAGAUCGUAAACAACGGCACGUAACCAUAGCAAUAAACAAGGGGUUCGGACUAUUCUGAAAGUCGCAUACUGAAAUGGAAUCUGACAUGUUUCUGGAGUUCUGCCUUCGGGUUUGGAAUAUUUGUCUGUGAAAAUGUUUUCAAAUAAAAAAAAAAAAAGUAAAGAAA